AUGCGUCUGCAAACGGCGGCGGACGAGAUCCGCUGCAAGACCUUCCCUAUGUUCCUGAAGGGGAAGGCCCGGCUCUGGUUCCAAGGCCUGGCACCGGGAUCCAUCCGAAAUUUCCCCGAACUGGCCAGGCAAUUUGUUGCCCAGUUCGUCCCUUCCAAGACUUAUUCGAAGAACGCGACUCACCUGAUGACAAUCAGGCAAAGGCCUGACAAGUCGUUGAGGAAUUUCAUGACCCGUUUCAACGCGGAGAGCUUACAGAUCAGGGACAAGGACGAAAAGGUAGUCAUGGCCGCCUUCAUGAACGGGCUCAGGGUAGAAGAGCUUUACUACAUGCUGGUAGAGAAGCCUCCCGGGGACCUGGAGGAGCUCUUGACCCCGGCGCACGCGGCCGCCAACGCGGAGGAGGCGACUCGCCUGAAGAGAGAGUCAGAUCGAGAGCUCGGAGAACGGAAAGGACGGGGAAACCCCCCCCGAGAACAAGGAUGGCCUGGCCAAGAAGAACGUCUUUGA